ACCUGCUCCCUUCAGCCUCUGCUCUUGCUGUCGGACGGACGGACCAGUCCUCCCGAGACGUGGGCCUGUCCCUCCUUUCCAGAGGCCCACCGGCCUGGGCCCCAGCGCCCCCGACGAACAUGAUGGCGUAUAUGAACCCGGGGCCCCACUACUCCGUCAGCGCCUUGGCCCUGAGUGGUCCCAGCGUGGAUCUGAUGCACCAGGCUGUGCCCUAUCCAAGCGCCCCUAGAAAGCAGCGGCGGGAGAGGACCACCUUCACCCGGAGCCAGCUGGAGGAGCUGGAGGCGCUGUUUGCUAAGACCCAGUACCCGGACGUGUACGCCCGCGAGGAGGUGGCUCUGAAGAUCAACCUGCCGGAGUCCAGGGUUCAGGUUUGGUUCAAGAACCGCAGGGCUAAAUGUAGGCAGCAGCGGCAGCAGCAGAAACAGCAGCAGCAGCCCCCAGGGGCACAAGCCAAGGCCCGUCCUGCUAAGAGGAAGGCAGGCUCAUCCCCAAGGCCCUCCACUGAUAUCUGUCCAGAUCCCCUGGGCAUCUCAGAUUCUUACAGCCCCCCUCUGCCUGGCCCCUCAGUCUCCCCCACCACAGCAGUGGCCACUGUGUCCAUUUGGAGUCCAGCCUCAGAGUCCCCUUUGCCCGAAGCCCAGCGGGCUGGGCUAGUGGCCUCCGGGCCUUCUCUGACCUCAGCACCCUACGCCAUGACCUACACCCCAGCCUCUGCUUUCUGCUCUUCCCCCUCGGCCUACGGGUCUCCCAGCUCCUUCUUCAGUGGCCUGGACCCCUACCUGUCUCCCAUGGUGCCCCAGUUGGGGGGCCCGGCUCUCAGCCCCCUUUCAGGCCCCUCCGUAGGCCCCUCCCUGACCCAGUCCCCCACCCCCCUGUCAGGCCAGAGCUAUGGCGCCUACAGCCCAGUGGACAGCUUGGAGUUCAAGGACCCCACAGGCACCUGGAAGUUCGCCUACAGCCCCAUGGACCCUCUGGACUACAAAGACCAGAGUGCCUGGAAGUUUCAGAUCUUGUAGAAGCCGCUCGUCUCUGUCCCCCUCCAUCUCUUGUUGAGAUCUGCCUCCCUGAAGCUUCGAUACUCAGACAGCAGCUCCAGGAAAGCAGCAGGAGCCAGCCAUGCUGCCCAAGGCUAGGGCCACUUCUACUUCCUGAGCGGCUUAACUCAGCACAGUCCACCCUGCUCCUCAGCCCAGUGCACCGCCUCACACCGAUUCUAACUGGCAUUUUAACCCACAAGCCCCAGGCUGGGGCUGAGAACUUGCCCCAAGACUGGAUGAAACCAAGCCUGCUGUUGACCUGGGGGCAAUAUUUAGGUCGGAAUCGAGAUGCUGCUGAAAAAACCAGUAGAAAGGCUCAAUUCCUUAACUUUCCAUGUGACACACUUCUUUAGCAUGUGGCUAGAGAUCCUUCUAGAACUCCCAGAGACAGACUUUAAGAGGCCCCAUCAUGGAAACUUAGGCCAGUUACACAGUUCAAUCAAGAACAUUUACUCGGCAAUGUGAGCAGACUUCACAAAUGCCAGGUUUGCAUGGUAAGGUUAGGGGGCUGUUUGCUAUGUGUUUAGCAUUAUUUCUUAUAACAGGGAUGUCAUCGUCCAGCCAUUCAUGCAUUCGGACCUUGGGCAAGGAUACAUCUGGGGGAGUGGAGGGCAGGGUGUCUGUUCCACGUCUAUCAGUUUUUCCUUGUGUUCUAGGGCAUUCUAAAGGUGAAGUUCACCCAGACUCUGGAGGAACAGUGGUAGUUGUAAGGGGAGUCCCAGCUGCAGCUGUGGGUGUUCCAAAGAGAAGAGCAGGUGGACAGGCUUCCCACCUGUAAACAUACAAAAGCCAGCAUGGGGGAUGGGGAAGAAAUGGAUUUGGAGAAAGUCCUCCAUUUCAAACAGACAAUCCCUCUUUCAGAGUCUUGCUGGCAGUUUCGAUGGCGGGACUGGACCACUGUGCCUGGCCCGAGGAUGCUUUCCCGGGGCAGCACCACAUUACUUUCUACACAGUUUGACCCACAGCCACAGAGACGGCCCGAGGAGGACCUCAGGAAGGAGCCCCCGGGCAUUGGGGCCCUCCUAGGAGUUUGGUGCCUUGGCUUCUGCCUCCUCAGCCUGGCUUCUCCUUUCAUUUCUGGCGUGGAGGAGUUUCACCCAUGGGUGUCACGAGGCUUGAGGUAAAAGAGAGUGGGGUGGGAAGGCGGUGGGAAGCUGGUAGAUGCUUAGCAACUGGCUCCCCAGG